AAAGGUUGAGUAGCUUCACUCGGGACCGAAAAGGUGGAGUCCCCGCCCCCUGGUGCAGCAGCGAAGACAAGCGGAGCCACCUGUCAGAGGGCUGUGGGCGGGGGCGCCCGGGCCGUGAGGGCCUUGGAACCGGAGGGUGAGUGCCAUUGAGCGCACGCUCAGAGCAGACCGCUAGCAGGAGGCAGGAUGUGAUAGUCUAAGACCCUGGAAGCUGACGGCCAGAGGGAGGGAAGGGUGGUCACAGAGGAGAGGCAAAGCAACGGGAGGUGGAGGAUCCUGGAGGUGACUGCAAGGAGAAUACACAGCAGCGAUGGGCUGCUGAAGCGGACCCAGCGACUUCUGCGCUGACGCGUGGCGGGCGGGAGAGAGGAAGAGAGGGGAGCGCGGUGGCGCUGCGAGCUGGCCCCGCCAGGGAAGGGGCUGCCAUGUCCCGUGAGCGGCCCCCGGGCACCGACAUUCCCCGCAACCUGAGCUUCAUCGCCGCGCUAACGGAGCGCGCCUACUACCGUAGCCAGCGGCCCAGCCUCGAGGAGGAGCCGGAGGAGGAGCCAGGCGAGGGCGGGACGCGGUUCGGGGCCCGAUCCCGCGCUCACGCACCGAGUCGGGGCCGUCGGGCCCGCUCUGCACCAGCCGGAGGCGGCGGGGCCCAGGCGCCCCGCAGCCGUAGCCCAGACACCCGCAAGAGAGUGCGUUUCGCCGACGCACUGGGAUUGGAGCUGGCUGCCGUGCGCCGCUUCCGUCCCGGUGAGCCGCCCCGGGUGCCCCGCCACGUGCAGAUCCAAUUGCAGAGGGACGCCCUCCGCCACUUCGCGCCCUGCCAGCCCCGCGCCCGCGGCCUCCAGGAGGCGCGCGCCGCCCUGGAGCCGGCCAGCGAGCCCGGCUUCGCCGCCCGCUUGCAGGCGCAGCGCAUCUGCCUGGAACGCGCCGAGGCGGGCCCGCUGGGCGUGGCCGGGAGCGCGCGCGUGCUGGACCUGGCCUACGAGAAGCGCGUGAGCGUGCGCUGGAGCGCCGACGGCUGGCGGAGCCAACGCGAGGCGCCAGCCGCCUACGCCGGUCCGGCCCCGCCCCCGCCGCGCGCCGACCGCUUCGCCUUCCGCCUGCCCGCGCCGCCGAUUGGGGGCGCCCUGCUCUUCGCCUUGCGCUACCGUGUGACAGGUCACGAGUUCUGGGACAACAACGGCGGCCGUGACUAUGCUCUACGUGGGCCCGAGCACCCGGGCAGUGGCGGAGCCCCGGAGCCGCAGGGCUGGAUCCACUUUAUCUGAGACGAGGCGCCUGCGGCCGACGGCGGAAAACACCAAAGGCACCUGGCCACUGCUCCUUGGUCCUUGGCAUUAUGACGGGAUUCCCUUGUCACCUCUGACAGUUCCUGGCUGCGGUGUCCGCGGACUGGCUGGGGAGUGAUGACAGGUAGCCAUCAGAGCUCCAGCCUCCAGGCAGCUUUAGGGAUUAAAACGGAGGCCAAAGCAACUCCAGACCUGUUUUUAUAGCCAAAUACUGAGCCUCAGGGGUUGUACACUCAGGGGCUUCCGGGAAAAUGCCAGCCUUACUUUUCUGGGGUGCCUUUUAAUAACCUCCAAGCACUUUAUGGACUGUUUGUCGAGGGACGGUGAAUCAGAAGAAUCACUAUUCUGAUUUCCUUUGUCUCCGAAGAGGAAGUCCCUGACUAGCUAUAUAACUUUGGGCAAGUUACCUCUCACCUCUUUGUGCCCCAGUGUUUUCCUUGGGAAACUGGAUUUAGGUUAGAUGAUCUUUUAAGGCUCCUUGUAUGAUAUUUUGUGAUCUGUACAUGGCAGAGUAUAGAUUAGAAGCCACAUUUUCCAACCUAGUGCUAUGGUUCAGAAUACAUAGCACCCCAAGCGUCUGGCUGGAGCCGAGGAUGGGUCCUCCAGUUUUUGGCACAGAUGUACCGGAGCCCAGGAAGCAUCCCAUAACCAACCUUCAGCCCCACCGCCACCCCAGCGUAUUCCAGAGCCGCUUCCAAACCACAGCCUAUCCUCUGCUCCAUUUCGCUCUUGCCCUCACAGACUUUCAGCCUCCAUGCUCUGAGACAACUGUGGGUAGGUACAUCUCUGUUGGUGAAAAUGAUGCUUAAGAACCCCAAAGAUUAAAGGAAACAAUGUUAAGGGCCUUUGUGAGGAUAAAAGAUAAUGGGUAUAUGGAAUAGAAACAUUUCAAAUGAAGAAUCAAAGCAUUUCAAUCAAUUCACUUGGUUGUAACAAAAACAAAAACAAAAAAACACCAAAGCAACUUGAAUAGUAAAUGGCACCAGAAGAUGGCAGUCUGCUCCAUAACCAGAGCAAGUGCAGCGGGAAAGCUGGACUCUCAUACCCACUCAUAUUCAUGCCUUAUAUAAGCCUCUCCUCCUGGUUAACCUUAACAGGGGAGUGAUUCCUCUGCUGGUUGCUGUUUUUCCUUUUCUCUUUCCCUAUUCCUAACCUCUUUGCUUCUCUCUUUCUUUCCUUGUGUCUCUCCCUUCUCUUUUCUUUUUUCUUUUAACAUAUAGGGUAUUUUUUUCUUUUAACAUAUAGGGUAUUUACCUUCAUUUUGUUUAUUUCCAUUUGUUUCCUUCUUCAUUCAUGUUCAUCUCUGCUAUUCCUUCUCCCUCCAGAAGGGAUGGAAACCCUAUUUUCUUUUCUCCAAGACCAUGGUUGGUCUGCUUCCCUCACUCGGGCUCCUUGACAGUCUUCUAGAAGAGAGAAGGAGGAAAAGAAGCAGUUCCUGAUGUUACAAAUGAACAAGGAUCUCCCAGGAAAAGAUCAUAGUUUCUGAUUGUGCUCUGCCUUCCCAUCCUGCCAAUCUCCUGGACUGGCUUGGAGAAGACGGGGCCGCCGAGCUUCAUCUGUGACUCAAAGGAGUUUGCUGCUGUCUCCUGUGUCAGUGUCCCAUCUAUGCAGGAUCAGCACGGGACCCCCCUCACCUUCCUACUUACACUCUAGCCUUUCCAUACAUUGGAAUUCUCUCCUGGCCCUAGCCAGCGCUCCACACCUGUUGGUGUGCCACCUCCCUCCCUCUUCCCCCACUGGCCUUGAAGAGGCAAACCCCCUAAUGUUGCCACUGGGUUGGGUCCAUGACUAGGACACCUGCUAGAGGGUCUGUGCUUGGGCCUUUUCUAGGAAUCCUGAUGUUACUGGGUAAGUGCCAACUCUGUGGGCAGAAUGCUAAUGAUAAUCCUGUUCCCUAACCUCUCUCAGAAGUACCCUGGCUCACUCUCCCCAAUCUCAGCUUUAUAGAACAACAUUUUGGUCUUGAUUAUUCCCAUAUCAAGCUGCCCCAGGGCUUCGGUAAGCUGUUAGUUGCCCCACUGCCUCAAGGCUGGGUCUGGCUGAGCUACUUUCUUAUGCACACAAAUAAUGGGUGUCUCCUUGGAACCUGACACAAAACUAUCAGUGCUACCAAGCCUUGUAAAAUAGGGAAGAAACUAAUAUUUCUUGAGUGGCUUCUGAGUGCCUGGUGCUUUCGCGGCUCUCUGGAGAGAUUCCUUGCCCUGAUGCCUUUGGUGUGUACUCCUCUCCCAGGACUUCAGCACUGAGAUUUUCCCAACCCCCUGGCUUUUCCUCACCUUGGGUUGAGUUGAUCCGGCACUACCACAAACCCCACCAUCUGCAAACCAACCAAGAUUAGGCAGUAUGCCCUUUCCGUCUUGCACUGCUCUUCCAAAACUUCCAUCUGUAUUUCUCACACCCUCAGUAAGCAAAGCUGAGUGUGCGGGGACAGAGCUGCAUCCACUGCUUUCUCCCAGCGGGUGCAGUCUAAUCUGACACGGGGAACGCUAGGAGUUUAGCGGAAUCUUCAGCCACCCUAUUAAUGUGUUACGCAUUAGGCAUUGUAGUGGAAACUCCUCUGACGGCUGAUGACUAUAUGAACAGGAGCAAUUUGGAAUAUAACAUGUCAGCCGUGGACUGGGAGGUGCCGUAAGAGAAAACACUACCAGGGUCAUAGGCUUGGGUCCUUGAGGCAACCCAGCAGGGACACUGUUGCCCAUUCCUCUCAUCCAGACUGCAGGUAUCUUCCUACACCUCCCUGUCCCAUAGCCUCCGUCCUGUUUUUUGUUGGUUUGUUUUUCUUUGUGAAUGUAGAAAACCAUUUCAUCAUGAGCCCUAGCUCCUCAGUUUUCCAUCUAACACCCACAUUCCCUUGUUUCUAACUGCUGGGUUUUUCUGGAGCCUGCUGGGAUCUUUGCAGUUUGCAGAUCAUAGAAUCAGACAUGAAAAGGCUUCUCUUCAGACGUCAUUGGUUCCUGGCUCCUUUGCAGAUGAGAACACAGGUCCAGAGGUGAGAAAUGACUCUAGCAGGGUCAUAGAAUUUGUUAGUGCAGCUCAAGAUGGGACUUAAACUCAGGCCUCCUGAUCACAUCCCAUUCCUAGGCUAGGAAACAGGUCUCUGCUGGGUGUGGUGGUUCAUACCUGUAAUCGCAACACUUUGGGAGGCUGAGGCAGGAGCGUUGCUUGAGUCCCGGAGUUCGAGACCAGUCUGAGCAACACAGUGGGACCCUGUCUCUACAAAAACUUUAAAAAUUAGCUGGGCAUGGUUGCACACAUCUGUAGUCCCAGCUACUCGGGAAGCUGAGACAGGAGGAUCGCUUGAGCCCAGGAGCUGGAGGUUACUGAGCUAUGAUCGCACCACUGCACUCCAGCUUGGUGACAGUGAGACCCUCAAAAAAAAAAAAAAAGAAAA